AGCCCCUGUUGGCUCCAGCAGGGGCCAGGGACGGCUCAACAGCUGAUCCGGAGAUUUCAGUCCACGGUAGCCCCCCGGCCGCGUCGAACGCGAAGGCCUGGGAAUGGCGGACGAGGAGGCGACAGCAAAGGCGCCGUUGCCCGAGGUCAAGGUCGCCCCUGCCCCGGAGGGUGCCACGGAGAUGAAGGUGACCAUGAAAAAGGGCACAGGCUUCUACAUCAACGCGGCCUGCAGCUUCCUUCGGGGCGUCGACGCGAAGCCGGCGGCGGACGGCAAGGAGGCGCAGGAGGCGAAGCCGUCGGUGGAGUACUUGCGCAUCUCCGGCCUCGGAGACGCCAUCCCCGCGGCCAUCGCCUCCGCCCAGAAGACGGUGAACGUGGACCUCGGCAGCAUCAUUAAGAUCCAGACGGCCUACCCCAGCAUGGAGGGCUCGGGGCGGGGCUGCGCGCAGAUCAUCAUCGACCUGAAGCGCAAGUGAAGGAGCGGGCCUGAGCGACCGCCGCCCAGCGCUUCUGCUCGCGAGAUGGCUCGGUCAUGGCUGGUCGGCUUUGGCCGCUUCAUUCCGCUGGCCUCCUCUUCCCUGAUUCGGAGCGUGCCUCCGCACAUCCGUCGUGCGUCGCAUUCUCGAUUUGGCAUCCCGUUCGCAGGUUUCAUGCGGAACCGCGCUAUGGACAUUGUUUCGGCAUGCGUUUUGCUCCUAGCGGGACUUCUUCGUCAACCAUCGUCCACAGCUCUUCUGAUCAA